UUAGCAAUUAAAAGCCAAGAGCCGAGAGCGCGGCGGCUGGGGCAGCGGGGCCAGUGGAGUCGCGCCAUGGAGAAGGUGCGGCCGCAAUGGGGCCACCAGCGGCAGUUCGUGUUGGCUUGCAUCUCCUAUGCCGUGGGCCUGGGCAACGUGUGGCGCUUCCCCUACCUGUGCCAGCUGUACGGCGGAGGUAGCUUCCUGGUCCCCUACCUCAUCAUGCUCUUCGUGGAGGGAAUGCCACUCUUGUACAUGGAGCUGGCCGUGGGGCAGCGCAUGCGGCAGGGCAGCAUCGGUGCCUGGAGGACCAUCAGCCCCUACCUCAGCGGUGUCGGCAUCGCCAGCGUGGUGGUCUCCUUCUUCGGGACCAUCUACUACAACGUCAUCAACGCCUGGAGCUUCUGGUACCUCUUCCACUCCUUCCAGGACCCGCUGCCGUGGUCUGUCUGCCCGCUGAAUGGGAACCACACGGGCUACGAGGAGGAGUGUGAGAAGGCUUCCUCGACGCAGUACUUCUGGUACAGGAAGACCCUCAACAUCUCCCCGUCCAUCCAGGAGACCGGGGGUGUGCAGUGGGAGCCGGCGCUGUGCCUCAUCCUGGCCUGGCUGAUGGUGUAUCUGUGCAUCCUGCGGGGCACCGAGUCGACGGGCAAGGUGGUGUAUUUCACGGCGUUGCUGCCCUACUGUGUGCUCAUCAUCUACCUGAUCAGGGGCCUCACGCUCCAUGGAGCCACCAACGGGCUGAUGUACAUGUUCACGCCCAAGGUCGAGCAGCUGGCCAACCCCAAGACCUGGGUCAACGCGGCCACCCAGAUCUUCUUCUCGCUCGGCCUGGGCUUCGGCAGCCUGAUCGCCUUCGCCAGUUACAACGAGCCCAGCAGCAACUGCCAGAAGCACGCCAUCACCGUGUCCCUCAUCAACAGCUCCACCUCCAUCUUCGCCAGCAUCGUCACCUUCUCCAUCUACGGCUUCAAGGCCACCUUCAACUACGAAAGCUGCUUAAACAAGGUGAUUCUGCUGCUGACCAACUCUUUCGACCUUGAAGAUGGCUCUGUGACAGCCAGCAACCUGGAGCAGGUGAAGGACUACCUGGCGUCCACCGAUCCGAGCAGAUACAGCGAGGUGUUUCCACUCAUUAAAAACUGCAGCUUGGAGUCAGAGCUGGACACGGCUGUCCAGGGCACUGGCCUGGCCUUCAUCGUCUACACUGAGGCCAUUAAAAACAUGGAGGUGUCCCAGCUGUGGUCCGUCCUCUACUUCUUCAUGCUGCUGGUCCUGGGCAUCGGGAGCAUGCUGGGAAACACGGCAGCCAUCCUCACCCCUCUGACUGACAGCAAGCUCAUUACCGGCCACCUGCCCAAGGAGGCCAUCUCAGGUCUUCUGUGCCUCAUCAGCUGUGCCGUCGGCUUGGUGUUCACCAUGGAGGCCGGAAACUACUGGUUUGACAUAUUCAAUGAAUAUGCGGCCACACUGUCCCUGCUGCUCAUCGUCCUGGUGGAGACGAUCGCCUUGUGUUACGUGUACGGGCUGAGGAGAUUUGAAAAUGAACUUCAGGCCAUGACUGGCAGAGCCCUCAACUGGUACUGGAAGGCCAUGUGGGCCUGUGUGAGCCCGCUGCUCAUCAUCGGUCUCUUACUCUUCUACCUGAGUGACUACAUCCUCACAGGGACCCUGCAGUACCAAGCCUGGGAUGCCACCCAGGGUCAGCUGGUGACCAAGGAUUAUCCGGCAUAUGCUCUAGCUGUUAUUGGGCUGCUUGUGGCAUCCUCCACAAUGUGCAUCCCCCUGGUGGCCCUGGGGACUUUCAUCAUGCAUCGCUGUAAGAGGGGAGACACAGCCCCCGUGGCCUGA